AUGAUCGACUCGUACUUCGACGUGUUAGUAAUCGGCAGCGGCCUUAGCGGCAUCAACUCGGCCUACCGCAUCCAAGAGUCGCUGCCAGACGCCAAGUUCGCCGUCCUCGAAGCCCGCCACGAACUCGGAGGAACAUGGUCGCAAUUCAAAUACCCCGGCGUACGGUCGGAUUCCGAUCUGCACACGCUGGGCUUCCAGUUCUACCCAUGGAGGGCGAAGAACCCGAUUGCGAGCGGCGAGAGCAUCAUGAGCUACCUGCAGGAGACGGCUCACAAGUUCGAUCUGGACAAGAAGAUUCGGUAUAGACACAAGGUUAUGAAGGCGGAUUGGAGGAGCGAGGAGCAGCGGUGGAGGCUUGAGGUGGAGGUUGGGAAUGAUGUUGGGAGAGAGCCGCGGACGGUGGUGUACUGGACCAAGUGGUUGAUCACUGGUACGGGUUACUACAACUACGAUACCCCGCUGAAGGCGAAUAUCCCCGGUAUCGAUAACUUCAAGGGCAAGCUUGUUCACCCGCAGUUCUGGCCUGAGGAUCUGGAUUACAAGGGCAAGAAGAUGAUUAUCGUGGGUAGUGGCGCGACUACUAUCACCAUGAUGCCUGCGAUGGUGGAUAAUGGUGUGGGUAGUGUGACGCAGCUGCAGAGGAGCCCGACGUACAUCAUGAGUCUGCCACAGAAGGACCAGGUGUGGUUCGAGAAGUGGGCGCCGGAGUGGUUCACCCUCCGCUACAAGCGCUUCAUGUUCACCCUCGUCCCCAUCCUCCUCUACAAAUUCUGCAUCUGGUUCCCCACCCUCGCCUCCAACUUCCUCGUCAAGAAAGCCGCUCAACAACUCCCACCCGAUUUCCCCGUCGACCCCCACUUCAAACCCGGCUACAACCCCUGGCAACAACGCAUGUGCCUCUGCCCCGACGGCGACUACUUCAAAGCCUUCAGCUCAGGGAAAGCGCACAUCGUCACCGACACCAUCAAGAGCGUCGUCGCCGACGGCAUCGAACUCACCAGCGGCACCAAACUCGACGCCGACAUUAUUGUUACUGCCACAGGCCUCAACAUGCGUUUCCUCGGCGGCAUCGACGUGCGCGUCGACGGCAAGAAAAUCGAAGUCUCAGAGCAAUACAUGUGGCGCAACGCCAUGCUCACCUCCCUCCCCAACCUCGGCAACAUCAUCGGCUACUGGAACGCGUCCUGGACACUCGGUUCGGACGCCGCCUCCCGCCUUUUCGUCCGCUUGAUCAAGCACCAACAGGAACAGGGGUAUACCAGUGUGACCCCUGUGAUUGAUGAGAAGAGUAGGCAGAAGACGGUUAGUGCUAGUCCGUUGAAUAGCACGUAUGUCAAUGUGGCGAUGAAGAAGAUGCCGAAUUGCGCGGAUGCGGGGCCCUGGAAGCCGAGGGAUAACUGGUUUGCGGAUAAUUGGGGGGUUACGAGGGGGAGUAUUGAGGAGGGGUUGAGGUGGGAGAGGGUUAGGGUUGAGUAG